AUGAACCCCCUCCAAGCACGAUCCGUUCCGCUCUCCACCCGGCGGACCCUCCUCUUAACCCUCGACGCCUUUGGCACAAUAUUCUAUCCCCGUCCACCAGUCCCCGAACAAUACACCGCGAUCGCGCACGAGUUCGGCCUCUCCGCCGUCACCGCGCCCAAACUCAGAUCCGCUUUCAAAGACGUAUACCGCGCGCAAGCUAAGCGCUAUCCCAACUACGGACGUGCGGAUGUGCUUCGUGGGAAAUACGGAGGCCCAAGACAAUGGUGGGAGGAGGUGAUUCGGGGUAGCUUCGCGCAUGUUCUGUCCGGGCCGGAACAUGUUUCACAAGACUUCGAGCUUCCAGUUGGAAUGGUUGAUACUCUGCUUGAUCGAUUUGCUGGAAAAGGAGGGUAUACAUUAUAUGAUGAUGUCGUGCCGUUUUUUGCGAGGAUGCGAGAGCUGAAGAGGUCACCGUCACUGGCAAGAGACUUUGAUCGGGUGAUUCUCGGCGUCAUUUCGAAUUCCGAUGAUCGUGUACCUGCGGUGUUGAAGGAGUUGGGGCUGAAAGUCGGUGAUCUGCGUGCUGAUCAAAAUUUGUCCAGUAUGCAGUUGCCUGGGUUUGAGCAACGCAUUGCGCAUAUUGGAGACUUGGGCGGCGGGCCAGAUGUUGAUGUGGAUAUGGUGAUUACUAGCUAUGAAGCUGGUGAGGAGAAGCCUCAUCGGUUAAUCUUUGAUGUCGCGAGAGGGCAGGCGACCUUGUUAGCGCACAACGCGCGGACUGGCUCUGCUGUUACUGGACAGGAAGGGACGGGCGAUUGGGUCUGUGUACAUGUUGGUGACGACUAUGGGAAGGAUUAUCGAGCUGCAAUUGAUGCGGGCUGGCAGAGUUUUCUGCUUCGGGGAGACGGACAAGAGCAUCAUGCGAAGAGUAUUGACUCGUUAGUGGAUUUGGUUGACGAACUCAAGAUUUGUUGA